AUGGCAUCAAGACAAGGCAAAAAUAAAAUAGAAAUAACGUUAAAAAGCAUAACCACUCCCAUACUGCCUGUUUUAAAUAAAAAUUUUGUAUUUGAUGGAAAAAAGGCAGCAAUGCUAGAUUAUGAAAUUGAAACGCAAUUACAAAAAUUUAAAUGCGCAAAUAAAUACCAAGCAGGCAAUUUUAAUUGCACUGUAGAUCCACUUACCUGUUCAUGUCGACCAGCUGACGAUAAUGUAAAUUGUCUUUGUACAGAAAUUAUUAAAGAUGAACAAAUUUUUCAAGAAUCGAAUAAUCUCCCUUUCAAUCAUAACGGAAUAUUAGUAAAAGUCGAUUACGGAGAAAUAACAGCUUUUCCCGAUCUAACGUCAGCUGAAGUUCAGAUAAAAAUUGAGGGAAUGAUUUUAAAGACUGAAAUAAGCAUGAAUACUUGUAUAGUCCGAGCAAAUUUGACAGGAUGUUUUGAUUGUAAAAAAGGAGCUCAUGUGGACUUAGAAUGUAAAACAGACUUUGGAUCGACUCUUGCAAACAUAAUUUGCCCGUCGGCGAAAAUGGCAAUACCGUGCCGACCGACAGUUGAAAGAAAGAUUUUGAGUAUACAUUUCUCCACGUCGGAUAUUGACGAGACGUGUGAAGUUUUUUGUGGCAGUUCACCAACAACAUUUCAACUACAAGGCAAACUUGCCUAUCCUGAAGCAGCACUGAAUGAUGUAAUUUGGAACGAAGAAUAUGGAAACAAAACCGCACCACAUUGGCACUUGAAGCUACCAAAUAUGGAUAUUACCAACCUUUUAAAAUUACUCAUUUUCCCGCGCUACCUUUUCCUUUUAAUAAUUUCAAUCUUUUUACUCAUCUUAAUGUUUUAUUGUAUUCUACCCUUACUAACUCGCUUUAUCUUUUCUUGUAUCCUAAAUACUUUUGUUGCGCGGAGUGUUGGAAAUAAUGUUAAAUUACAAUCAAAAUAUGUGUGA